AUGGCUUCAACUUCUGCUAUUUCAAUGCCGAUGCCAAUUACUAAUGCGGCACAGAAGAGAACGAGGAGGGCCGAAGCCUUCGCCAAACCAUUGCCUUUGAGGCCUUCCAACAAGCCAAGUGGCUCCUCAAGCUCCAGCGCCAAGUUCCAAGUGCGGGCUUCUUUGAAGGAGAAGGCUGUUGCUGGACUGGCUGCAACGGCACUCACAGCUUCCAUGGUCCUUCCUGAGGUGGCUGAAGCUGCUGGCCCUGGCGUUAGUCCCUCUCUCAAGAAUUUCUUGCUCAGCAUUGCAGCUGGUGGAGUAGUCGUCACUGCUAUCUUAGGUGCAGUUAUCGGCGUCGCCAAUUUCGAUCCCGUCAAGCGGACCUGA